UUUACGGAACAGAACAAUAACAUCCAGGGGGAAAUGGCUGACGAUAGCGUUCCAGAUAUAACCAGAUUUCAAAUGUAUUUAUUUGGUUGUACACUCAAAUCGGACAGAAAGGAGUUCAAAGUUGAGGAGGAGGAUGAUGCGGAUCAUCAGCUGUCACUCAAAGCAGUGUGCCUGGGUCCUGAGGCAGAGGAUACGUUUCACACGGUGGAGAUCGAGGGCGUCACAUACGACGGAAAGACCACCAAAAUUCCACUGGCUGUGCUGAAGCCGUCUGUGCUGCCCUCUAUGAGUUUAGGAGGGUUUGGGAUCACCCCUCCAGUAACCUUCCGCCUCCAGUCUGGCUGUGGACCAGUGUACAUCAGUGGACAGCAUUUUAUCAAUGUGAAGGACUCUGAUGACGAAGAAGAGGAAAACAGCUCGUCACCUGUGAAGAGGCCGUCAAGCUUGACCUCAGGGAAGCGUCCAGCUCCGAAGAAACUGAAAAUGGAGUCAAAUGAUGAUGAUGAUAGCGAUGAAGAUGACGACGAUGAUGAUGACGAUGACAACGACGAUGAUAGUGAUGAAGAUGAGAGUGACGUGAAAGUACAGAAGGUCCCAGUCAUACCAACCAUAAAGAAAAGCCCGGAGCCUUUGGGGCAGAAGCCUAAAAGUGUGACAUUGGCGCAGAAUGGCUCACCAGGGAAUCAAGGGGGACCAUUGGCUAAACCUCAAACCAAGACACCAGUGGGAGAAAAAGACAAGAGUCAGAAGGAAAAGUCUGGAGCUGGCCCAUCCAAUGUUCUCACCGUGCCUGAAAUCAAGAGCAAGCUAGCGUCGUUAGCCAAAGAGGGAAAACCUCUUCCGAAGACCGAGGCAAAGUUUGAAAAUUUUGCCAAAAGUUCUUUAAGGAUGUCAGAUAAAAAAGAUGGGUCAGGUCACAGACCAGGCUGUCUUUUUAUUGAUGAGGAAUCCUUUGAGAUGAAUCCAACAGCCUGACAUAUUAAGGCCUCCAUUAAGAACAUGCUGUCAUCAUCGGCAGUUGUUGUGCAGGUGAAAAGUCUUUAGACUGCAAGGUGCGGUCAGGGGAAGCUUGAUCCCAAUGUGUAGAAAACAUCUGUGGAAGUGAUUUGGUUCCGAAGCCAAAGACUCUGGGAUGUGUCAGACUCGAGCACCUAGUCAUUCUUUCUGGUAUGUACUAUUGCCCCCCACCUAACCCCUUGUACCCCUACAUGCUGUCUCAAUUCAUUGUUCCCCAGGCAUGGCAAGGCAAGGCGCACAAAAUACAUUCUUUAGUAAAAAAUCAUAGCUCUCUGCUAUGCAGUAUGUAAUUUGCAUGCAUUAUAAUUAGUUUCUAUCUCUCUCUGUCUCAUACAGGUGGUUAAAGACCUCUGGAACUUUGUACAAACAUUGAAAACAGAGAAGAAAUAAGUAAUUACAUUUCUUACAGUUAUGUUAGAUUUUUUUGUUAUCUCCUCUAUGCUUUCCCCAAGAACAUUGAAGCUCUAAUGUUUUAACCCAUUACUAAGAGCAUCAGGGAAUACAUGUGUAACAAUGCCCCCCCUCUAAAGAAAUGGUGUUAGCCUACUGUUGGUGUCCAUCGGGGAGCCAUAGGCCUUUGCACUAUGUGGAUGUUUUGCAAACUGUUUCAUAUGUUCAAUCAAGUCCCUGCUUAUUAAAGGAAUAGUUCAUACAUGA